AACAUUUAAUUGCAACAAGCGUUGUGAAGGAAGAACACCGGACGCGGAAAUGCAGGCGUAAACAACACUAGAGCAGUUAAGAGCUGCUAAGAUGGUGUACGUGUCGAAUGGUCAGGUCCUCGACAGCAGGUCCCAGUCCCCAUGGCGACUGUCGUUUCUAACUGAUCUCUUCUGGAAUGCUGUGGAGUUCAUUGGCUUGUUUUUCCAAACUAUGGUACAGCCAGAUCUGACAAAAAAGAGUGGCUCUGGUUUAUCCUCUUCAAGCUUCAGUGAUGGCAGAGGUCCCCCUGGACCACCUGGUGGCAGGAGGCGAAUGGGGAGGAUAAACCACGGUGGGGGGCCCAAUGCACCUCCCAUGGGUGGUGGUGGAUGAGGACGGUAAACGCCUACACCAUUCGUGUAGGCCUGGGUUGUCACGCUGGCUGCAGAUGUGUAGCGUAAUUUAGGCUACCAUAACGUCCAUGUGUGCCAACCCCAUUCUCUCCAGCUGCCUCUGCUUAUCACAGACUCAUGACGCUGCUCUGGGAAUUCCUACACGUAGGGGCCAAGGCAGCCGAUAUGGCAGUUUCCUGUUUGUGACCCCACAUCUUCCUGAUUUCAUCUUUUGUAUCCAUGUUUAAUAAACUCCUGUGCUGUAUGAAAUUUAAA